UGUAAACGCAUGUGUGCUUGUUUGAUUGCAGAACCAACAGAAGAGCAGCCCUGACAAACAUCGGAGCUAUUUAUUACUUGAGGAAUUGACCAGACAGUGCAUCAUGUUUUUGCUUGAGACAGAGUCGCUGGACUGCAUGAGUGAUUUGUUUGAAAGCGGAUUCGCAGUGAAUGGAGGUUUGGAUGGUCCCGGACAGUCUCCAGCGCAUCUCGCCGCAUGUGGAGGUCAGGCGUUCUGCUUGCUUUGGCUCCUCCAAACAGGCGUGGAUGCAAACCAGCAGGACGCAAGUGGAGAGACACCCAUGCAUAAAGCAGCAAGAUCGGGCAGUUUGGAGUGUAUCAGUGUGUUGAUGGCCAAGAAUGCACAGUUUGGCAUUUGCAACAACGCUGGACAAACUCCGGAGGAUAUUGCAUGGUCUUGUGGGUAUGAGGAAUGCGGAAGGUUUUUGAACAUGCAUCGAAGAACGCAGGACUUGAAGAAAGCUUCAUCAUCAUCCCUCAGUGAACGACGUGUGUUGACCAGCACUAUCGCAGGACAGAAGAGAGGCUACACAGCCUCCGGUGCCCAAGAUGGGAAGAGGGCACGGGACUGGUGAAUACAGGUCUCAUAAAGACAGAGGUCUUUAAAAUAACAGGUGGUUUAACCAUUGCUGGAGUGGAAUGGUAAACAGAUGUAUCAGUAUGCCCUUGGAAAUGAGCCUACUGUAUCCUCAGCACUGAAGAUCAGAUGAUUCUUGUCUGGGGUCAGUGAUGUGGAGCCUCAAGUUGAAAAGGAAUGAUUGACACUGGUGCACUUUAUACCAGUCAAUGCAGAACAGAGACAAAAGAGGAAGAGAAGAUCACAACUUCUGGGUUUCUGACUGGAAAGAGUGUAACACUAAUUAGGAUCACAUGCAUCUUGUGAACCAAUUACUCUGAUGUCAACUGAAGUACUUUCAGAGUUUUAUGACAGUCAGUUCGCAUUGGUAGGGACUGUCAAAAUGAGUGGAUGCUAAACAGAAGACAAACCACUUGCUGUCGACCUUAAUAGAGUGCAAUAGCUGGGUUCUGGAAGUAGAAACUCCAAUUAUUUUCUCCACUUAGAAAUAGACUUGAACAAAUCUUUGAAGAUAGCUCAUUGACUGUCUAUACUUUAGUUAAAAAAAAACUCAUUUGCAUUAGUUUGACUUAUAAUUGUUUAAAGUAGUGGAACAGUGUUGAAAAACUACAUUACCCAUGAUGCUGUGCAGAAAAAUUACACCAAUCAGAGAUCCAGGGACAAAAAGCACCAAAAACAGACCAUGGGUCAUAUAAAUACAAGCAGCAACUUUUAAAUCAAUUGUUUAGUUUUAUAUUUGUCUGUACUUUUUUACUUUUUUAUUUGAUGAUGUCAUUUGCAAUGCUACAAUUGCAAUGAUUGUAGUUAUUUAUCUUAUGCAUUUGUCUUUUUGUCUCAUAGUCAGCUCUUCAUAUAAGAGUUUGUAAAGUUGUGAUUUAACUCGUAGCUUGUAAGUUGGUUACAUCUCUGAUAAUGUUUUUUUUUUUUUAAAUGAAUGAAAAAAAUACAGAAUUUUGAUGGACAAUAACUCUCUUAAGGUAAAAAAAACCCAUUAAAUUAGGAGAUCUUUUUGGUCAACUAAAGGAAAACAGGACAUAUAUUGUGGCAGAAAUGAAAGAAAUCUGCAUCAAAAUGUAAAGUAUGCUGUGGAAACAUCUGAGAAAAGUCAGAGACUAUCAAAGUUAAGAGACUUUGCAACAAAUCAUUGAGUAAGGAGAUUUUUUUGUGUUGUUUUCUGGUGAUAAUUUAGCUGCUGUUCAUUUUAUUGAAGUGCAGAAUGUGUUUUCUUUUGAAUAUGUUGCAGAGAUAUUUUGUUAUUAUGAGGAACUUGUCACAAAAUAUUUUAUGUUAUUAAUAUCAUCCAUGGUAAUCCUUACAGAACAUCAUUACUGUAACUAGUAACUUUAGCGUGACUCAAAGAGGAUGUUAAAAUAGGAAUGGAUGUUAAAACAUUGUAAGUACAAUGAAUAAUAAAUCACUUCUUACAGAGAAA